CCUCUCAGGCUUUCCUUCAGAGCAGCUGGAGCGGGUUAAAUCGGAAUAUUUGGGAACAAACAUACUUCGCAGAGACGAGGGGCCUGCUACAAUCACUCAGUCACUCAACACAAAACCUUUUUGUUGUUUCUAUUGAUCAGGAGUUUCUAUUCAGGAUUUUAAAAUAUAUAUAUUUUCAAAUUUACUUUUGUAAUCCAACUUGAAUUCUUUGACGUGGCUCCUGGAAAAGUGGAUUUUUAAAUUAUUUUCUUGCUGCUCUUGAUGAUCCAGACAUGCUUUGGCAGUCAGGUUUCAGUAUGUGAGAAAUGAAACACGAGGACUGGCUAAAGAACCCAAAAUUCAGCAGCGCUGUGAGAUAAGAUUUGAACUUUUGCCUCAAAUCAGGACAGCAUGUCCCGAACUCCAUCCACUGAGACCACUCCUCAGUUCUACAGGGUCAGUGAACGAGACCUGACGGAGAUCGAGCUGCACUCUGUCGACUCCAUCAACGACCUCCAUAGAACACACCCCGAUCACAGCCACAAAGGAAUGAGGCCUCCUCGCCCUAUGUACACACUCUCCUCGAACGGGAACCUACACACACACGACGGGUCAGCUGUCAGUCCAAGAGGCCACCCACUCCACAACAAGUGGCAGAGUCGUCUGCAGGACAUGUUGACACCAAACUCAUCACGAGCUUACGCCAUGGGCUGUGCCAUUAUCACACUGCUCCUGCUCACAGUGCUGCUCAUCUUCUACUUCUUAGUCCAGCAGGGCGGCGCCAUUCGGACAUUGAUUGAGGCUGUGAGAGAAAAGGAGGCUGCAGCCACAAAGCUGGAGCUGCUGAUCCAGGAGCUGCAGGAGCUGAGACGAAACCUCACAGCUCUGAGAGGAGCAACAUGAGGAGGAUUUUAAUGUUUUCUAGUGUGUAAAGACUAAAUGUGACUAUUUACAAAGCGUGUUCUCUUUUAGUACGCAUAAAAAAGCUAUUUCAAUUUUUUCUUUGAUGAAACUGGAUUAUUUAUUUAUUUCCACUUUACAGAUGUUCAACCAUCUAUUGUUAAAUGUUUAGUUAAAGAAAAGAAAAGAAAAUUGGAUGAACACUUGGAAGAUUAAAAUUGUAUUUCCUUCUGGGAUUUUGAUUACGUUUAAUUAAAAACAAAGUAAACAUGUGUUAAUGUAAAA